GCCGCGGCUGGCUGGUUUUCUGGGUUCUUAGGACGCGAGGAAUUUACGAGGAAAGAUGCCGCGUACAGGAAGGAGAACGGCGCUUCUUGGAUUACUUGUUAGCUGCCUUUUUCUGUGUUGUUUCCAUGUGCACGGAGCAGCACGCCUACAGAAUAACGCGUACCAGGACGUGGUUGUCGCCAUCGCAAACUCCGUGCCUGAAGACGGCGCUCUGCUGGCCUCGCUCAGGGUCAAGUUCAACCAGGCGUCAGCUCAGCUCUUCGCAGCUACGGGCGGCCGAGCGUAUUUCGGCACGGUGAAGAUCCUGGUUCCGCGGACGUGGGACUACUACGGGUCGUACCAAUACUCCCGGGGGGAGAGAUUCGGGCGGGCUGAGAUCAGGGUGGGUCCGGCGGUGGGCGGUCUGGGCUCAUUCACCCGCUCUACGGCACGGACCGGCACCACGUGCGGGACCAAAGGCGACUUCAUGUACCUGGCCACGAACAUGAUCACCCGCGACACGAUAGUGGAGGAGUGGGGGCGGUACCGGUGGGGAGUGGACGGGGGUUGGGCGCUGGGCUCAGCGCCGGAGGAAAGCGCCCAGACCACCGAGGUCGCACCUACCACUCAGGCCGCACCAGAGACGGACGCCACGACACUGGCGCACGCGAGCACUGAAUCCGCAGGUUCUGCUUCAACAGGCUCUUCCAACGCUACCGGCGGUUUUACGGAAACUCCCGCAGUGGAAACUGAAGCCUAUCCGGAACCGGAGCCCACCCAGGCCCGUGUGGUAACCGCCCCGCCUAGCAACGAAGGCGGCUGUUCCGGACAGGCUGCUUGGGACACCAUCUUAGCAACAGAAGACUUCACCAACGGUCAAAAUCCUCCUGAUCAAGACAUGAACAUCCCCGAUGUCACGUUCGAGUUUCUGUACCAAACGGAGAUCAGGAGGGAGGUUUUGGUGCUGGACUCGUCCGGCAGUAUGGGCAGAAAUCUGCUGUUCAAGCUCCGCCAGGUGCUGACCAGCCACAUCUACAACCUGCCGAUGGGUUCUUCUCUCGGAAUCGUGACGUUCAGCGACGAAGCGACGGUCAACGCGCAAAUGACGGUGAUUGGGAACGAGACUACCCGGGUGGACCUGGUCGGGGCGUUGCCCAUGGCAACUGGCGGGAGAACCAGCAUCGGCAGCGGGCUGCAGGCGGCGCGAGGGCUGCUGGGUAGUCAUCUCGGCAGGAUCAUCCUUAUUUCAGACGGGCAGGAAGACGAGCAGCCGUACAUAGAGACCGUCCUGCCCGCCCUGCGCUCUGCCGGCCACACGGUCUACACCGUGGCUAUCGGGGAGGAGGGAGACCCAAUGCUGGACCAGCUGGCGCGCGACACCGGCGGGGUCAGCUUCUCCGACACGCGGUACGCACCCAACCUCCCCGGCAUUCUCAGCUGGGUCACGGGAAUAGGAGAGUUUCCCGUGCGGGAACUGUGCCACGGAGGGGGAGAGAUUCCCGAAACUCGCUUCUGCUUUGACGUUGAACCAGACAUGACCUCAUAUCCAGAUCCGCCUUGUGGCUGGGGAACCAAAGUCACUGUCACAUCUGGACAGAGUGACCUGUCUGUGCCUCCCAUCAGUGUGCAAGGUGCCUUCUCAGACACAUCUGUGGCCCUGGGCUCAGGCGACAGUGUGGUUCUGUAUGCUCUUGUUGAGAAGGACUACGCCUGUGUCGUCGGGGCAGACGUCACUGCUGUCAUCUCCAGGCCGUACGGAAGGGACGUAGAGGUCACGCUCAAGGAUGACGGUCAAGGUGUGGAUGCGUAUGAAAACGACGGGAUCUACUCGGCCACAUUUGAGCGUUACCUAGGCAACGGGCGGUACAACAUGAUGGUGAAAGUCCUGGGCAGCAGCGUCCUGACUCAGGUGGACAUGUCAUGCGUGGCCGGCGUUUCCGGCGGGAGAGACGUCAGCGAAUCAGACAGCGAAUCUGUGUCGGAUUUUGACAGGGUUGUUGCCGUUGGUGCGUUCCAGGUGUCGGGUUAUGACGGGCCGCUGGAGGAGGAGGAGGAAACGGACGGGUCACCGGCACCCGAGUCUGAGCCGGUCGCUGUCAUCGCCAUGGGCGCCGGUGUGGGUGCUGCAGGCUUGGUGGCCCUGCUGAUUAUACUGGGGCUGGUGGUGCUGAAGAAGAAGGGCAAACGUGCACAGACGGCGCCAUCUCCCACACAGAUGCCCAUAGAUGACAGCUUCAGUAUAGAAGACGAAGAAGAGAUGGGGAUAGCCAAUGGGACAGAUGAGAAACAGGAGGUGAUAGAGGAGCAGGAGGAGGAGGCUGAACCAGUGGCAGAACCUGUGGUCCAGAAAAGGACCCCCACGCCCCCUCCGCCAGUGCCGGUUGCCAUGCCAACCGUGGAGGAGCCUGUGAUAGACCCAGCUGUUCGGGAGGAGCAGAGGAGACAGGAGGAGGAGCGCAGACGGCAGGAGGCUGAGAGGAAGAAACAGGAGAUGGAGAAGGCCAGGAGGAUACAGAUGGAGGACCAGCUUCUGAAGGAUGUUCGCCGUGCCCUGAGAUCAGGUGACCGUAAGGAAGUGUCUGCAGCUGAGGAUCAGUACAAGGCAGGCGGGAUGUACGAUGAUGCCAACAUCUCGCCGGAGAUCGCCAAACUUCGCGAGAUCUGGAACAUCACAGACGGUCUGAAGGUGGCUAUAGCAGGCAGGCGGAUUAAAGAGGUAGAGCCUGCCGUGGAGAUCGCCCGGGCAGCCUGCGAGAACAUGACCUCAUCCGGCCGCAUCACCCUGCCUGCUGACAUCACCAACAAGGCUGAGAAGGAAAAGGUGAAACAGGAAGUUGCUGACCGUAAGCAGAAGGCUCUGGAGGAUCUCCAGGUGCAGGUGGAGGAGGGAGAGAAGGUGCUCAAGACGCUCAAACACCUGGAGAAGCUGCGUCAUGAGGUUUUGGAGAUGAAGCAGAGCACAGUUGCUGAGAUCAGGAACUACGGCCACCCCCCUCCCCAGGUCCACACUGUCAUGAUCUCAACUUACCUCAUGCUGGGCACACCCGAGAGCCAGACACAGAACUGGCAGGCAGUGCAGGCCCUGAUGGGUAAGACCGGGAAGCAGGGGAUAAAGCGGAUGGUGGCGGAGUGUGACCCUGACAUGAUUCCCCGCGAGAAGGCCGAGCGCGCCGCCAAACUGCUGUCCGAGUUCGACCUGGCGCAAGUCCGCGACGUCAGCGCCGGAGCUGCCACGUUCUAUGUCUGGGUGAAGCAGACUUGUGACGACAUCCUAAGAUCGUGACCCAGCAGUCCGUUCAGAUUGUUGUGUGUGUGAAGGAAUGAUAGAAGAAGCGAGGACCCGACCAGCUGAUGGAGAAGAGUGAGACUAGAGGACACUACAUGACACAACUGUUACUGUUACUGUUCUGUGCAACAAAGCAUUGCAUAUAGAGUAAAAUAUACAUGACUUGUGUAACACCCAAACUUGUCUCAGUUAGGGGAA